CAGCAGCAGCAGCAGCAGCAGCAGCACUACUGUUUGGCUGAAUCAUUUCAUCCAUUGUACCCAGAAUGCAAAGUGAGCUACAGAAACCUCAGCAGCCUCAAUGCUCCUCCAGGUUAUCAUGGCGAUAAGAGACACAUCUUACCCUUGAGUUGAGCUCCUCUCUGCAGCAACAACAAAAGGAUUUCCUCCUCCUCCUCCUCCUCCUCCGCUACAUGAGACACAAACACAACGAUGAGUCUUCAUGCUGCCGGAGGUUUAGCCCAGACUGGAGCGAAAGGACAUAGCGUGAGAGAGGACAGAGACACCGCCAUGGCAGCGUCGGAGCUGUAUACAAAGUGUGCUCGGGUGUGGAUCCCCGAUGCAGAGGAGGUGUGGAAGUCUGCUGAGCUGACCAAGGACUACAAAAAUGGCGACGUCUCCCUGCAGCUCACGUUGGAGGAUGGAGCGAACAUUGAGCAUAAACUGGACCCCAAGACAAAGAACCUGCCUUACCUGCGAAACCCCGACAUCCUGGUGGGCGAGAAUGACCUCACAGCACUCAGCUACCUCCACGAGCCGGCCGUGCUGCACAACCUUAAGGUCCGCUUCAUCGACUCAAAGCUCAUCUACACUUACUGCGGAAUCGUUCUGGUGGCCAUCAACCCGUAUGAGUCGCUGCCAAUCUACGGGUCAGACAUCAUCAAUGCCUACAGCGGUCAGAAUAUGGGAGACAUGGACCCGCAUAUCUUCGCUGUGGCAGAGGAGGCUUACAAACAGAUGGCCAGGGACGAGAGGAACCAGUCGAUCAUUGUGAGCGGGGAGUCCGGAGCAGGAAAGACGGUAUCAGCCAAAUACGCCAUGAGAUACUUCGCCACGGUCAGCGGCACCACCAGCGAGGCCAACGUGGAGCAGAAAGUCUUGGCUUCCAACCCCAUCAUGGAGGCCAUUGGAAAUGCAAAGACCACCCGAAAUGACAACAGCAGUCGCUUUGGGAAAUACAUCGAGAUCGGCUUCGACACCCGCUACCGUAUCAUCGGCGCCAACAUGAGAACAUACCUGCUGGAGAAAUCACGAGUGGUGUUUCAGGCGGACGAGGAGAGGAAUUAUCAUAUCUUCUAUCAGCUCUGUGCAUCGUCACAUCUGCCUGAGUUCAAGAAUCUGAGGCUGAGCAGUGCAAACGACUUCUUGUACACCAGGCAGGGCCGCAGCCCCGUUAUCGACGGCGUGGACGACACCAAGGAGCUGUCCACCACUCGCAAUGCCUUCACAUUGCUCGGUGUUAAUGAGUCCUAUCAGAUGGGAUUGUUCCAGGUUUUGGCUGCUAUUCUUCAUCUGGGAAACGUGGAGAUAAAGGACAAAGACUCAGACAGCAGCGUCAUUCCUCCCAACAAUCGCCACCUGACAGCGUUCUGCGAGUUGGUAGGCGUGACCUACCAGGACAUGUCUCAGUGGCUGUGCCACAGGAAGCUGAAGACGGCCACAGAGACGUACAUCAAGACCAUCCCCCGCCUGCAGGCCACCAACGCACGUGACGCACUGUCCAAACACAUUUACGCCAAGCUCUUCAACUGGAUCGUUGAGCACGUUAACAAAGCCCUCAUCACCAAUUUCAAACAGCACUCCUUCAUCGGGGUCCUCGACAUCUACGGGUUUGAGACGUUUGAGAUCAACAGCUUUGAGCAGUUCUGUAUCAACUACGCUAAUGAGAAACUCCAGCAACAGUUCAACAUGCAUGUGUUCAAGCUGGAGCAGGAGGAGUACAUGAGGGAGCAGAUCCCCUGGACUCUGAUCGACUUCUACGACAAUCAGCCCUGCAUCAACCUCAUAGAAGCCAAGAUGGGCGUCCUGGACCUGUUGGACGAGGAGUGCAAGAUGCCGAAAGGUUCGGAUGACUCGUGGGCUCAGAAGCUCUACAACACCCACCUAAAGACCUGCUCCCUCUUCGAGAAGCCACGCAUGUCCAACCGCGCUUUCAUCAUUCAACAUUUUGCUGACAAGGUGGAAUACCAGUGUGACGGUUUCCUGGAGAAGAACAAGGACACGGUGAAUGAAGAGCAGAUCAACGUGCUGAAGGCUAGCAAGAAGUUUGACCUGCUGGUGGAGCUGUUCCAGGACGAGGGGAAAGCCACCAGCCCCACUGGUCAGGUCGCUGGCAGCGGAGGCCGGACCCGCCUCAGCAUCAAACCUGCCGCGAAGGGCCGCGACAAGAGCAGCAAGGAGCACAAGAAGACUGUUGGCUGCCAGUUUCGUAACUCGCUGCACAUGCUGAUGGAAACUUUGAACGCAACCACUCCGCACUAUGUCCGCUGCAUCAAACCCAACGACUUCAAGAUGGCCUUCACGUUUGAUCCUAAACGUGCGGUGCAGCAGCUCAGAGCCUGCGGUGUUCUGGAAACCAUCCGCAUCUCUGCUGCAGGUUUCCCAUCCAGAUGGACGUACCAGGAGUUCUUCAGCCGUUACAGAGUGCUGAUGAAGCAGAAGGACGUGUUACAAGAUAAGAAGCAGACCUGCAGAAUUGUUCUGGAGCGACUGGUGCAGGACCCGGAUAAAUACCAGUUUGGUAAGACCAAGAUCUUCUUCAGGGCCGGCCAGGUCGCCUACCUGGAGAAGCUGAGGGCGGAGAAGUUGCGUGCCGCCUGCAUUCGCAUCCAGAAAACCAUCCGCUGCUGGCUGGCGCGCAAGAAGUAUCUGCGCAAGCGCAGCGCUGCCAUCACCAUCCAGAGGUUCACCAGAGGAUACCAGGCUCGCUGCCUGGCCAAGUUCAUGCGUCGCACGCAGGCGGCUACAAUCAUCCAGAAAUACCAGAGGAUGGUCGUGGAGAGGAAACGCUACAGGCAGAAGCAGGCUGCCGCUCUGGUCAUGCAGACGAUCCUCAGAGCUUACAUGGCCCGGCAGAAGUACCAGGCGUUACUGCGGGAGGUCAAGAUGGUGAUCAUUCAGAAGCGCGUCCGUGGCUGGUUGGCUCGGUGCUGGUACAAGCGCUGCCUCGAAUCCAUCGUCUACCUGCAGUGCUGCAUGCGCAGGAUGAAGGCCAGACGCGAGUUGAAGAAGCUAAAGGUCGAGGCUCGCUCAGUGGAGCACUUCAAGAAACUCAACAAAGGCAUGGAGAACAAGAUCAUGCAGCUGCAGAGGAAAAUCGACGAGCAGAACAAGGACCACCGCUUGACAAGCGAGAAGCUAGUCGGUCUGGAGACUACCUACACGACGGAGAGCGAGAAGAUGCGUGGCGAGCUGGGCCGGCUGCGAGGGGUAGAAGAGGACGCCAAGAACAAAGGCAACCAGGUGUCCUCGCUGCUGGAGGAGCUGGAGAAGCUGAGGAAGGAGCUGAGCUCCACACAGAAGGAGAAGAAGACCAUCGAGGACUGGGCGAAAACCUACAGGGACGAAAUGGAGAAAAUGGUCUCGGAGCUGAAGGAGCAGAACGGCUCGCUGAAGAAAGACAAGGACGACUUGAACAGGUCGAUUCAGGAACAGAGUCAGCAGAUGACAGAGAAAAUGGCCCGUGCGAUAGUGGAGGAGACUCAGCAGCUGGAGACGGAUCUGAACGAGGAGCGAUCUCGCUACCAGAAUCUCCUGACAGAACACCUUCGCCUCGAGGAGAAAUACGACGACUUGAAGGAGGAGGUGGUUUCCUCGAACGUCCACAAGCAUGGCCACAGGAGAACAGAUUCCACCCACAGCAGCAACGAAUCAGAGUACACCUACAAUUCAGAGUAUGCCGAAACGGAAGAAGGUUCCCGUGCCUCCGAAGAUGUGACACGAGGAAUAGACACCUCGCUGACUCUCAAGCUGCAGAAACGUCUCACAGAACUCGAGCAAGAGAAGCAGUCGCUGCGCAACGAACUGGAAAACAAAGAGGACCAGUUCCAGCGGGCUAGAGCCAGGGAUGACGUAGAGUUUAAAAAGGCUCGCGGUGCAGAGCUGGAGUACGAGUCCCUGAAGCGUCAGGAGCUGGAGUCGGAGAACAAGAAACUGAAACAUGACCUGGUGGAGAUUAGACAAAGCCUGCUGGGUAAAGCAGGUACAGGCGCCGGGGCCCCGGGCUCGCCAGCUUACAAGGUGGUGUUGGAGCAGCUCAACGCCUCCUGCGAGGAGCUGGAGGUCCGUAAGGAGGAGGUGCUGAUCCUGCGCUCCCAGCUGGUCAGCCAGAAGGAAGCCAUGCACCACAAGGAUGAGAAGGAGACCAUGACCGAGCCUUCUGUCUAUGUCGAGGACGUGUCCAAACUGAAGGACGCUGGUGAACUCAAGCAAGCUUACGUAGGCCUCAAAGACACCAACAGAUCUCCUAGGUUCAUGCGUAAGCCGUUGGAAGUCAGUGAUCUCCUGAGUAGGCUGAGAUCUGCUGCUCCAGACUUCCAUAAGCUGAAUGAGGACGGAGAGCUGUGGCUGGUUAAUCAGGGCUUAAAGGAAACCAUCAGGUUACUGGAGCACCAGCUGCAGACUCAGCGGAGAGGUUACGAUAGCGAGGUGGAGUCGUUGCGCGGCGAGCUGCAGAAUGUCAAGGAGGAGAACAACCGUCAGCAGCAGCUCUUGGCCCAAAACCUCCAGCUGCCUCCGGAGGCCCGAAUCGAAGCCAGUCUGCAACACGAGAUCACUCGGCUCACCAACGAGAACCUGGAACUCCUGGCUGAAGACCCCACAGCGUCCCAAGAGGCUCGAGUCAUCAUUUUACGACGGAUGGUUGAUCUAAUGGAGCAGCUGGAGAAGCAGGACCGAACCAUCCGCAAGCUCAAGAAGCAGCUGAAGGUUUACUCCAAGAGGAUCGGAGAGAUGGGGGCGGGUCAAACCGAGGUACAGACGUCUCCGGGACAGAUGGUGGAUGAGCCGAUUCACCCCGUCAACAUUCCCCGCAGGGAGAAAGAUUUCCAAGGGAUGCUGGAGUACAAGAAGGAGGAUGAGCUCAAGCUGGUCAAGAAUCUCAUCCUCGAGCUGAAGCCUCGUGGUGUAGCCGUGAAUCUGAUCCCAGGUCUGCCAGCCUACAUCCUGUUCAUGUGUCUGAGACAUGCGGACUACGUCAACGAUGACCAGAAGGUCCGCACCCUGCUCACCUCAACCAUCAACAGUAUUAAGAAGAUCCUAAAGAAACGAGGAGACGACUUUGAGACGGUCUCCUUCUGGUUGGCUAACACCUGCCGCUUCUUACACUGUCUGAAACAAUACAGCGGAGACGAGGCCUUCAUGAAGCACAACACACAGAGGCAGAAAGAACACUGUCUGGCCAACUUCGACCUGGCAGAGUACAGACAGGUGAUCAGUGACCUGGCCAUCCAGAUCUACCAGCAGCUGAUCAAAUGCAUGGAGAACUUCCUCCAGCCCAUGAUAGUCUCUGGCAUGCUGGAACACGAGACCAUCCAGGGCGUGUCGGGCGUGAAGCCCACGGGUCUCCGGAAGCGGACAUCUAGUAUCGCUGAAGAGGGCACCUACACUCUGGACUCCAUCCUGCGGCAGCUCAGCGCCUUCCACUCCACCAUGUGCCAGCACGGCACCGACCCCGAGCUCAUCAAGCAGGUGGUGAAGCAGCAGUUUUACAUCAUCGGAGCCGUCACCCUCAACAACCUGCUGCUGCGCAAGGACAUGUGCUCCUGGAGCAAAGGCAUGCAGAUCAGGUACAAUGUGAGCCAGCUGGAGGAGUGGCUCAGAGACAAAGGUCUGAUGAUAUGCGGAGCCAAGGAGACUCUGGAGCCUCUGAUCCAGGCCGCUCAGCUGCUGCAGGUGAAGAAGAAGACUGACGAGGAUGCCGAGGCCAUCUGCUCCAUGUGCCUGGCCCUCACCACCGCUCAGAUCGUGAAGGUCCUGAACCUCUACACUCCCGUCAACGAGUUUGAGGAAAGAGUAUCAGUCUCAUUCAUAAGAACCAUACAGACUCGCUUGCGAGACCGUUGUGAGAGUCCCCAGUUGCUGAUGGACACGAAGAUGAUUUACCCGGUCACGUUCCCGUUCAGCCCUUCCUCCCUCGCCCUGGAAACCAUCCAGAUCCCCGGCUCGCUCAACCUGGCGUUCCUCACCCGCGUCUAAACCGAGGCCCAACGGGACCGUGGCCAUUUUGAUGUAGUGGCCACAGUUGGAAUUGCAAGUCACGUGACACUCACUUGCCCCAAAAAUACUUUCUACUAUACAAUCACCACGAGAGAAAUAACAAAAAAAAAUUCUGCACGUCAAAUUAGGAUUUGCUUAAACACAAUUUGAACAAUUAUGUCCAAAAAAUGAACUGAAGAGUCUCAAAGAGCUUCUAAUUCAAAACAUGGUUUCCAGUUCUCAUGAGAUGAACCUGGACAUUGACGUGCAUAAAAUUAAACACACAAACCCCACCACAUGCUGAACUUUCAACAUGCAUCUGUACAAUACUUACAUCCUCUGAACACACACAUGCACGCCUACACUCACGUGCACCUUCUCUCUUACAAAAACGCACGGAUACACACGACACCCACGGUCGCUGCCGCUGGUUUAAAUCUGGCUGUAAACCGCCAUCGUCCAUCCACUGCUUGUAAAAACGCCGGCCUAUUAGAGAAGCCACAGGACCAGAUCAAUGCCUCCGGUACUCGAUCUCCAUCGACACCUGGGUCUGUCUUAGUGGUCUUGACCCUGGUUACCCCGGCUCCCUCCUCUGUGUUUCAACUAGCUGUUAAGAUAGAUCUUCUUGUCAUCGUCUCGUUCUCCCUGGAGAGAAUGUACGUACUGAUACACGGGAGCGGGCCCAAAACGAGGUGUCAAGACCUCACAAAGAGGAAUGAGUUGUAGUCUAGCUUGGUAUGUUGGGUCCUUAUUUAAUAUGCGAAGUGAAUUCUAAGUCCCGGUACGAAGCCAGCUGAGUGACGCUGCGCUUAAGUUAGCCGUCUCCAUGUUGAGGUAACCUGGACCAGGCUUCAUUUGUAUGUUGUCCUUUUACUCUCUGAACACAGUCAAGCCAAGACAGAACGCAUCGUCUGUACUAUAUUAUUUAUACAUAUAUAAAUAUGAAUAAUAUAUAUCAUGUAUUUUAUUUAUUGCAUUUACCUCCGUCCCCAUCCUCCUCUUUUUUAGAUUAGAAGCUUUCUCUUUGCAGAAAACAUGUCCGAUGUAUGAAGGCUGGGACCAUCAUUUCCCAAGAUAAAACCGCUUUGUAAGGAUAGUUUUAGCAUAGGUCCAUUGUACGUUAUGUCAAUAUCAGGUAAAUUAUGUAGUAUAUAGUUAAAGGAGUGCCGGCACAGAUGAUUAUUUGUUGGGUCACGUCUUAACUUCGAGAUGUUGCUUUAUCAUGUUUAUCCUGCAUUUCUGGCAGAUGAAGUGUAGCACGGGUUUUAACUUGAGGAGAGAUUUAGAAGGUACGAGGUUUAAGCUCUAACGAGGGGUUUAACCUGCUGCAAUCUAUACUGUUUACAGCCGUGACCAGAGCUGAGCGUCACAGGAAACACUGGCACAAAGAUAUUUAAUCACCCACACAACAUUACACUCUGCUUACUUGCUGUAGAGUUGUCUGUCCUCACUUCUCUACUUGUCUUCUCUGGUCACAGCUCUAGUCAGAGCUUUGAAACUGUUUUACUGUUAUCAAUGUGGAACUAUUUAUUUCAGUAUUUUUUGUCAUUUUCUUAAGUAUCAAAGUUAUGGAUAUCAUAUCACCGGGCAGAAUGGACAGAGUACAUUUCUCUGAAGUUGGUUUGGAGUCUCAAAUCUGUUCAGCUUUACAAGUUUUGCUUUAUUGCCACACUAACACUAACUGCAACUUUCGAGGGCGACUCCUCUCCUCUCCUCUCCUCUCCUCUCCUCUCCUCUCCUCUCCUCUCCUUUCCUACAUAUCCAUCCUAUGCCUUCCUGUUUAAUGGCCAAGACAGCACAACAUGGGCCUUUAUUACCAAAAACAACAGAAUAUGUGGAACUGUUUGCGCUUUUUCCACAUCCCAAUUGCAUCGCAGGGUUAAGUUUAGGGUUACUGACAUAGAAAGAUAUUCCUGUCUUUUUCUGUUUGGUGCUCCGAUUGUUUUGGUUCAGAUAUCCAGAUAUAUUUGGUACUUGCUUUCAAAAGGCUGAGGGUGAUAUUGCACCACACCCAUUACUACAGGCCGUGCCAUACAGCAUGCACUGCUGCUGCUGCCUUCGUCUAACCUGCACGGGCUACUUGGCUUUACCAGCAUUACCGGAAUUGAACCCGCAUGCUGUUGAUCUUUUUGUCAUUGUUUGUACAGAGGAACCUCGGUGCAGAUGAAAGUCGUCGGAUGAGUGUCAGGGAAUCUGCCCAUGUCGUUACAAAAAGUCCUUUGUCUGCAUUCACAUGGUCCUCGCUGCCUCGUGUUUAGCACUUUUUUGCCCGUUUACUUCCUGUUGUGCCAUUAGUAUUAACAGUCAACCAAAUUUGCCUCUUGCCCUCAUGUGAACCUUAUUUUUGCCCAAUGACCUUACCCUUUCACAAAGACAUUUCACUUUUCAUUUUCCUUUUCUUAAGGUGCUUACACAGAUAGGAGAUUGUGAAUUGUCAAAAAAAACUGGACCCAGUUUUGAUUUAAUGUUUUGUUUCGUCUAAAACCAACCAACCAACUAACCAAGGCCGAGAGCCGAGGAAAUAUCAGUGAAGAUACAGUACAUGCUGAGAAAUGAAAAUAUUUUACCAAGGAAAAGGUAUCUCAUUAAAUGCCAUAUCAAUUACAGACAAAUUGUAAGUGGAGUAAAGAGAAGCUAGUAUGUGAAGUUUUGUGUUGCACUUGUAUUUGAGAAUAAUUUGAUAUCCAUAUGUUCUCAUUGGGACCACAUGUUUUCAAUCUGCCUUUUGUUAUAUAUGGUUUGGAUUAAUAGGUAGUUUAAAGUGUGGUUUGUGUAAAGAGUACAUAUCUGUGGCGAAGAAGACUGAAGGUGACUGAAGGAGUUAAUUAACCAUAUGAAUGUUUCAAAUUGUUAAUGAAGUGUAUCAUGAUUUUAGCUGCACAUUGUUGGACAAAAGCCUUAUCUGAAUUAUGCGCUACCUGAAUGACUUAAACACAUGAUCAACGUUGUGGUAUUGUUUUGUUCUGUCAGUGCAGUUUUUUUUCCUCCACUGUAAAAUGAAUAUAAAUUGUUCAAUGUGAUCAUUUUUAUUUUGAUAAGGUGUCCCACAGUUGGUGUCACAGAUGGGUUGCACUGUUUAGUCAUCAGUCCAAAUGCACUUUUUAGACAUUGCUGAUAAAUGAUAGAUGGAUACUUUUUUCUUUUUGACUCCCACCACCUCUCUACUGAACUGCGGCCCAUUAAGCUUCCUCUACCACAUUCCCCGCGUGAGUGAGUGGGCGCUUCACUUUCCUAAUCAGUGAUUUUUCUUUCCGUUUUAUUAAAAUUAUUAAUUAAUGCAAGCUGCAGGUAAGAAGACACACACAUGCUUGUGAAUUUCGUGGAUGCAGCACCAGCCCUCUCACGCUUGGUCAGACUAUCUUUGUGGACUGAUGUAUUGAGAGUGCAGAGCGGGAAGGCUGGCCUAGUUUCAGAGGAGAAAAAAAAAAAACACACGUUCAUUCAUAUUGUUGAGCAGAGCUGCGGCGUCUUGUUCCCCCUGGGCUUCUCUUGGGCUCUCAAAACAGGAGAAAGUGUCAUUCCUUCACUCUGCGUUUUUACAUUAAGGGGAGAGUUGGUUGUACGAUACGACGUAGACAUUAUAAAUGACCAUUGUUCUGAUCAGCACUAGCGUUGAUUGUGCCAUUUUAAAACUUGUUAAAAACAGAACAUAAUAUCAUCACCCCCAGCUGUUGUGGUACUGGUGUGAACAUGCUGAAGCCAGUACCAGAUGUUUCCUCUCUGACCCAUGUGUACAUUUGACAAACUGGACUGUUUGUAGUUUCUGGUAGCUGUGCUUAGUGAAUGUGUUCACCGUUAAGAAACUAAGAAACUUGGAAUAAAUUGUCAAAUCUGUAAAAGUAAAAUAAAAAGAAUUCAGCACUG